AUGUCUAGAAGUGACAACCAGAUGGAUGGCCCGAACGACAGCAACGAGCGCACGCCGCUUGUGAACAACUCCUCCACGAACAGCACCUUGGGCAAUUUGGGAACGCUGCAUGGCAGACAGGGCAUAGUGGGCAGUGGGAACAAGCCGCUGUAUGAGGACGACAGGGCAUGGGUUCGCUGGCCGAUGAAUUUCCUCCACUUGACCUGGGAGACUCUGACGAGCAACUAUGUCAAUAUCUUGUUGGUGUUCGUGCCGGCGGGUAUCAUACUCGGCGCAUUGGAUCUGAAUCCCACCGCCGUGUUCAUCGUCAACUUUCUGGCUAUCAUGCCGUUGGCGGCGCUGCUGAGCUUUGCGACUGAGGAGCUGAGCGCGAAGAUGGGCCAGACUCUUGGUGGUCUCAUGAAUGCGUCCUUCGGCAACGCGGUCGAGCUUAUCGUCUCCAUCGUUGCGCUCAUGAAAGGCGAGAUCCGGAUCGUCCAGGCUAGCAUGCUGGGCUCCAUUCUCUCCAACAUCCUGCUGGUCCUCGGAUGCUGCUUCAUCUCCUCCGGUAUCAUGCGCGAGGAGUCGCGCUUCAACGAGACUGUCGCAUCGACCAUGUCUUCCUUGAUGGCGGUUGCUGCGACCUCGCUGAUCAUCCCUGCGACGUUGUACUCCACACUCAACGACAGCAACCACGACACCGAAGCCAACAUCCUCGUCCUCUCCCGCGGCACGGCCAUCAUCAUGCUCAUCCUCUACUGUCUCUACCUCGUCUUCCAACUCAAGACCCACAAGAAGCUCUUCGACGCCGAAGCGCAAGAAGGUGAAGAGGAUGAAGCCCAGAUCCUCGGUCCCGUCCCAGCUACCAUCUGCCUCAUCCUCGUGACCCUCCUGGUAGCCGUCUGCGCCGAAUACCUCGUCGACAGCAUCGACGCCAUCGUGGAAGAAGCAGGCAUCAGCAAGACCUUCAUCGGUCUGAUCCUGCUUCCCAUCGUCGGCAACGCCGCCGAGCACGUCACGGCCGUCGUGGUCGCCUACAAGGACAAGAUGGAUCUUGCCGUGGGCGUUGCCAUCGGCAGCUCCAUGCAGAUCGCGCUUUUCGUCACGCCCUUCCUCGUCAUCCUCGGCUGGAUCGUCGGUCAACCCAUGACCUUGAACUUCGAGGGUUUCGAGACUGUGGUGUUCUUUUUGAGUGUGUUGGUGGUGAAUUACCUCAUCCAGGACGGGAAGAGCAAUUAUCUGGAAGGGUGUAUGUGUCUCGGGACAUACAUCAUCAUUGCGAUUGCGUUCUACGUCUAUCCGGAGGACGCGGGUAGCAAGAUUGGCGUGACGGUCAAAGAGUGGUUGAGGCCGCAGUGA